GCAGAGGCUCCGGUCUCUUUUGCUCCCUGUGACAGCAAAGCGUCACGCUGGAAACCACAAGCUGGGACUUACCAAGUGGCCUCUGAUCUUUCUCUCUUUUUUGUACCACAUUUGCUCUCUUUUUGUCUUCUCAUUUUCCAAGGAAGAGGCAUUUUCGCUGACAGCUUCUUGGACAGCUCUGGGACAACAUUUUUCUGAGGAGGCAAGCUCUUGGCUGUAAUAUUUCAUUGCAGUCAUGGCCCCUAAGAAGAAGAAUGUGAAAAAGAACAAAGCAGAUAUCAAUGAAAUGACUAUCAUUGUGGAAGAUGGCCCCCUCAGUAAACUAAAUGGCUUGAAUGGACUCUUAGAUGGAGGAAAUGGUUUCAGCUGCAUCUCAUCUGAAGUUUCCGACCCAUCAUAUAGCCCAAAUCUCUUGGAAGGUCUAAGCAGAAUGAGACAAGAGAAUUUUCUUUGUGACUUGACUAUCAGUACCAAAACCAAAUCCUUCAGUGUUCAUAAGGUGGUGAUGGCUUCAAGCAGUGACUACUUUCACAACAUCUUAAAGAAAGAUCCAUCCACUCAAAGAGUAGACCUCAAUGAUGUAUCCCCAUUGGGUCUAGCUACUGUUAUCACCUAUGCUUACACUGGAAAACUUACUCUCUCACUUUAUACAAUAGGUAGUAUUAUUUCCACAGCAAUUUAUCUGCAGAUUCACACCCUUGUAAAGAUGUGCUGUGAUUUUCUAAUCCAAGAAAUCAGUGUUGAGAAUUGUAUGUAUGUUGCCAAUAUUGCAGAAACAUACGGACUAAAAACAACAAAGGAAGCAGCGCACAAAUUUAUUAGAGACAACUUCAUUGAAUUUUCAGAAACAGAUCAGUUCUUAAAACUUACUUUUGAUCAGAUUAAUGAACUUCUUGCAGAUGACGACUUGCAGUUGCCUUCUGAAAUUGUUGCAUUCCAGAUUGCAAUAAAAUGGCUGGAAUUUGACCAAAAAAGAGUAAAGUUUGCUGCUGAUCUCUUAGGUAACAUCCGUUUUGGUACCAUCUCAGCCCAAGACCUUGUCAAUUAUGUUCAAACUGUGCCAAGAAUGAUGCAAGAUGCAGACUGCCAUAAGCUCCUAGUGGAUGCCAUGAACUAUCAUUUGCUUCCCUAUCACCAGAAUACACUUCAGUCCAGAAGAACAAGGAUCCGUGGAGGUUUCAGAGUCUUAGUUACUGUUGGCGGACGCCCAGCUCUAACAGAAAAGUCUCUUAGCAGAGACAUCUUAUACAGAGAUCCUGAAAAUGGAUGGAAGAAGCUGAGUGAAAUGCCUGCUAAAAGUUUUAAUCAGUGUGUCACGGUGAUGGAUGGAUUUCUCUAUGUGGCCGGUGGGGAAGACCAGAAUGAUGCCAGGAACCAAGCCAAGCAUGCAGUCAGCAAUUUCUGCAGGUAUGAUCCUCGUUUCAACACCUGGAUUCACCUGGCAAAUAUGAAUCAGCGGCGCACUCACUUCAGCCUGAAUGUGUUCAAUGGCCUCCUUUUUGCAGUGGGCGGCCGCAACUCUGAGGGCUGCCUCUCCUCGGUGGAAUGCUACGUGCCUGCAACUAAUCAGUGGCAGAUGAAGGCACCCCUAGAGGUGCCCAGGUGCUGCCAUGCCAGUGCGGUGGUGGAUGGUCGGAUCCUGGUCACAGGAGGUUACAUUAAUAACGCUUACUCUCGCUCGGUGUGCACGUACGACCCCAGCAAAGAUAGCUGGCAGGAUAGGUCCAGCCUCAGCACCCCAAGGGGGUGGCACUGCGCGGUGUCCCUUCUGGAGAGGGUCUACGUCAUGGGAGGGUCUCAGCUGGGGGGGCGAGCCGAAAGGGUCGACGUUCUCCCUGUGGAAUGUUACAGUCCUUACACGGGGCAGUGGAGUUACGUGGCCCCACUUCAAACUGGAGUGAGUACGGCUGGCGCCUCCACCCUUAAUGGGAAAAUUUACUUAGUGGGUGGCUGGAAUGAAAUAGAGAAAAAAUACAAGAAGUGCAUUCAGUGCUAUAACCCGGAUCUCAACGAAUGGACAGAGGAAGAUGAGCUGCCUGAGGCCACUGUGGGCGUAUCCUGUUGUACGAUAUCCAUGCCCAACACCAAGACAAGGGAGUCCAGGGCCAGCUCAGUCUCUUCUGUCCCAGUCAGUAUUUAAAUACGGGUCUAACCAGCAACAAGUAAAAAUGUUUACCAGCACAGCAGUAUAAUUAACCCUUUAAGUAGCAUUUUAGUGCCUAGAUGGAAAAAAAGUCGUUGGCUUUGCAACAGUUUUAACAGUGCAAAUUGGCCAGUUUCCAUGGUCUUUAAUACUGGUGGUGUGAAACAGUGUAUUAGGGAUAAGAUUAAUCUUUUAGCAGGAAGAGAGAGUUAACCCAUAACUGCAGAAUUUCAUUCUCUUCCUGACUUUGCCACUGACUUACUGUACUACCUGAGGCACACAAUUUAAUUUCUUUGUGCCUUGGUUUCCGUACCUGUAAAAUAGAGAGAAACUUUCCUCAGAAGAUUGUUGUGAGGCUUUUUUAAUACUGAGUUUUACAUGCUUUCAGAGGCCAAAAUGAAAGUCAAAUAUUGCUAGUAAUAAAUCUCAACAUACAUCAGAAAUGUGCCAUGUCAUCACAAAAAUGAUCAGUUUUGUUCUUUUCUAA